AGACUAUGGCCUCAGAGAAGCCAAAUGGACACCAGAGAUCUUUGGAGGAAGACGUCGGGCCCCAUCUGCCCUCUCUCAGGCUCGUAUCACAAAAUCAUGGCUGUCAUGGAUGCAGCGUCCCAAGCCUUUCCAUUGACUCUGGAACAUAUUCACUGGAGCCCUGCCAUGUGCUUGAGAGCAGUGAAGAUUUUACAUCAGAGAGGGCUCUGUGGGAUUGUGCUGAAACAAAUGGCUUUUCAGAGGAAGAGCUUCUGAAUAUAACUUUUGAAGCAUGUGACACUACUGGCAAAGGAGAGGUUCAGGCCUCCAACGUGGUGCAGUAUCUCCAGGCCAUGACGCUCCAAAGCUCCGGCCAGGAAAAGUUGACCACUUUACGACACAUGUUGGACCCAGAGGACCAGGACCCACCUGUUAGCAGGGAUGUGUUUCAUGCCACCAUGAGAGAGUGGAUCGCUCAGUGCUGCCAAGAUGGAACUCCCGUGGAUAAAAACCAGGCAACAGGAUCAGCAUUAAGAAAAUUAUCUAGGACUGAAUAUCAUCUUCCUUUAAAUGAGGCCACGUUCACAGACGGAGCUGAAUGUCAUUGUGAGUCUGGAGAUUUGUCAGGUUUAGUGGCUGAGCUCAAGCACACGCAGCACAGGUUGAGGGAGCAGAACAGCAGCCUGCUGAGGAGCGUUUCUCAGUGUGAGGACACCAUCCUACAGCUCAGUCUGGAGGUGUCAGAGCUGCACACCAAACUGGCCAGUGCGCAGCUGUUUGUGGUAAGAGCGCGGUCCCUCUCAGAGGAGCUUGAUGAAAGCAGAAGUGCACUGAGGGAGAGCCAGGACAGAGCCGCAAGAGCACAGGCCAGCAACUCUGCAUUAAUAAAGGAAAGUGAACGCUUGAAAGCUUUAAUCCAAAUAACUGAAGAAAAGAAUGAAAAAUUAACCCUUGAGAAGAACCUUGCUGAAGAUCGAAUCAACAAACUUAGAAGAGAAAACUCUGAAUUAAGGGGAGAAUUAGAAGAAUCUCAUAUGGUUCUGGCUGUGAAAAACAGGGACCUUACAAAGAAAAACAUCCUGCUGGAAAAGCUGAAGGACACUCACUUUGAAAGUCACAAAAUUAUCGAGGGCCUGCAGUCAGAAUUGAUGAGACUACAAGAGCACUCACAGCAAGCACUCUUCAGGUUAAAUAAAUACCACAUCAUCUCUCGUGGUCCACAGAGGACGGGUGUGACAAACCAUCAGUCUCUGCACCAUGAGAUUCAGGAAGCUCAACCGUCCCAGAAUGUGGCCAUGGAGUUGAUUAGUGGCUCCCUCAGCCAGAUCUUACCCACCGUCCCCCAGAGAGCAGACAUCCAGAACCUCCACAAGAUCAAGCCUGUAGAGUUGUCCCAUAUACUGCAUGCACAACUCUCAGAGACUGACAAAGUUGGCAACAGUGCAAGUGAGAAGUUACAGAGACUCUCUCUGCAGGAACAACAACAGCAUGGAAGCUCUAGGCAUCAGCUGGUGACACUUCUAAAAGAGCUGGAGCUUCUUGAAGCUCCGCUGGUGGCGCAAGGACAGCACAAGACCAAGAGUCAGACGCAGGAAGCCCACAUAGCGGCCGCCAUCACCUGGUGGAGGGGCCAGACUAAGGAGGCCAAGAAAAGCCAGACUGCCAAAGAUCCACAAGAGGCUGUGGUGGACAUGCAGAAACAGAACCAAAGUCUAGAGGUUGAUAGAGAGUCUAAGCGUGGCAUGAGGGUGCUUCUCCAAGACCAGGGAACGAGCACGCAGGAAGAUGCUCAGAUUCAGUUUAGGGAUGUGGCUGUGAUCACUGAUUCAUCAGCAGAGCAUUUGGCCGAAGAAGACCUGCUGAAGUCCCUGAGGAAAGUGGAGGACAUGGUGGCACAGGCCUUACGGGCAGCCCACGUGCUUAUGGCCAGCGAGAAGAGGAUGAAGGAGAGGAUAGAGGCCAUCAGCAUGAGGGUGGAGAGAGUGUUGAGCAGAGCUGAAACAACUGAGGGUAAACUCAAUGCCCUGGAGGCCACGAUCUCUGCUAAGACACAGUCAUUAAUUAUGUCUCAAUCUAUGGCUACUGGCAUCCUGGAUUGUAGCUCAGAUGCUGUCACAUCUUUUCCCACACCAAAGCCUCUCACUCAGGAAAGCGCCCUCACUCCAUUUUCAUCCAAAUACGGUGGUUGUCUUCUGUACACGCGAGCAGAGGACCGCAGCAACAAGGUCAACAAAAUCCCAGAUGCAACCCUCCUAGUUCAGGACCCUGGUUCACUAUCUGAGCUUUGGCUGAAACGCGCUGACAGUGUUUGUUCUGAGCCUGUGUCUGCAGGUCUUCCAUCUUUGAGUCCUGAUUUACUCUGUACCAAGAGCUCAUUGCCGGAACCGUCAGCCUGUGAAGAUCCCACGCCACACAACAGACAGGAGAAUGUAGCUGGUUUAGACCGGCCAGCAAGCAGUGACAGCUUCUUCCCAGAGUCAGAGGCAAGUGGGAGCACCUUAGUCUCAAACGAGGAAACGUGCAGGAGUCCGAAUAAAGAAGAGGCUGGGUGUCAAGGAACUGAGCUACAAAACAGCAGAGGACAAACAGAGAGUUGCCAAAAAUCAGACUGUUGCGGUAGAACAGAGGCCUUAAAACUUUUGAACCAAGGACAGUCUUCCAAGUCAGUGGACAAUUGGGAUAACCAAGGAUUCAGUUCAUCAGGGGAGAACCAAGUAGAGGAUAUUGGGAGGUGUCAAGAGGGUACUGAGGAGUCAGAUUGCGCUGGGAGGAGUCAAGAGGAAUCUGAGUACAGUGGAAAAAGUCAAGCAAGGACAGGGAACAGUGAGACUCAAGAGGAACCCAAAACAAGUGACUCAUUAAAGAGACGAAGUGUCCAAGCCACUGAUCUUGCUCACACUCCAGGGGACCAAGAGGACCCAUCUGCUGUAUGUCAGCUCACACGCUCACGGGGUGAGCAAACUUCACUAAAGAGAGCCCAUAGUUUCGUGACAGAGUUUGUCACCCCUUUUAUCUUCCCUCACACACGCUCUCGGCCCCCUCUCACCCCUGCCAUGCCCACCCUGCCCGAGGAAGAGGAAGACUCCCCGGAGGAGCUCGACAGUACAUCCAGCUCGCCCUCCACAUACGCUCCAGUCGAAAGCAAGAUAAAUGUAACCAUGACUCCACCAGCUAUUGUGCUUCCAAGACAAGUCAGCAAGCCGGAGUCCUGUCCUGUUGAGAAAGCAAGACCACACAGCCCUAGGCCUCGUCUCUCCCGAAACUCUGCAUCAUCAUGUCCAAUCACCACAGUGGAUGAUGAUGGUCACGUGAUAGACCUGGUGAAGGAUCCACUUCCUGAGCUGAAGUUAUCUGAAGAGGACCGUCAGAAGAAUCUGGAGCUGCUCGAGGAGGCCAAGAAAGUCAGCGAUCGCUUCCUGCAGCGCAGGGGCCGCCGCUCCACCUGUAGCCUUUCUGACUCCCCCACAGCUCUCUCCCCGAACCCAACGCCAUGCUCCUCCCCCAGACCAUCCAGAAGCAGUUCCCUCUCUGCACCCUCACAACUAGGUCCUGAGGUCACCGCAACUCCCCCAGCAAGUCCCUCCAUAAUUCAGCAUCUGGAGGUACCAUCUACCCAUGACCAAGAGGAUACGAGUAAGCCGGAGCAGGAGACCUUCACGAGGCUAGUGGAGUGGAUGCCUAGCGACAAGAGAAAGGUGUCCUCUGGAACUUUAACCCCGCGUUAUGCCACCGCUGUACCAGCCAGAGAUCCCGCUGUGGUUCAAGAGAAGCCAGAGCAUCAUGGAGCAGUGGACAAGGGGAAGAGCUCUGAACACACAUCACAGAAAAAGGAGGAGACUCCUGGCCGUGGUGUCAGUCAACCUCCAGCUACAGGGGUCGCCAAACCCGUCCCCCGGCCGCCCACACAGCAAGCCCCGUGCACGGCCGAAAUCAAAACAAUAGGGGCCUUCCCACCUCUGAUGAGAGCCGUCUCCUGGGACACGGUGGGCUCCAUGAACAAGAGGAAUGCUGCUCCCAAAGGCGAGGAGAGUCUGUCCUUCCCUGACAAAUCAAGGGAGUCUCUGUUUAAGUCCUCCGGGUACAAGGACUUCCCUGUGCCACCUGUGAACGUUCAGAAACUGUCCACAUUGCGUGAGGAGCACAAACUGAUGCGUAACCAGAGCAUCUCCAGCUCAAAGCUUCCUGAACUGAGUGAAACAGCCGAGCAGGAACGAGGUGCAAUCAUCUUGAGUCCACCCUCUCCACUCACAAGCUCUCCCAGUGAAGAGGAGGCCAAAGAGAAACCUGACGCUAUGCCCAACAUUUCAGAUGUCAUGCUACGCAAGCUCAAACUGCACAGAGGUUUACCUGGCUGUGCACCCCCGCUCUCAGAGAAGGAAGUUGAGAACGCCUUUGUGCAGCUGUCCCUGGCAUUCCGCAAUGACAAUUACACGCUGGAGUCGCGGCUGAAACAGGCGGAAAGGGAGCGCAGCCUGACUGAGGAAAACACGGAGAAGGAACUGGAAGAGUUUAAAAGCAGUUUCAAGAGAACUUUGUCACUGUGGCAGAAUAUUGAUCAGCGUGAGUUUUACCAGCAACUCUUAGAAACCAUCACCGUAUUGCAUCGCCUGACCAACCGCCUCUCCAGCAGGGCCGAAAUGGUCGGAGCCGUGCGGCAGGAGAAGAGAAUGAACAAGGCCACUGAGGUUAUGAUGCAGUAUGUGGAGAAUCUGAAGAGGACGUAUGAGAAGGACCACGCUGAGCUGAUGGAGUUUAAGAAGCUCGCCAACCAAAACUCUAACCGCUGCUACGCUGGUUCAAUAGACACUGGAGAUGAUGGUGUUCCACGUACAUCAAGAUCAAUGUCUCUGCAAAUGGGAAAGGCUUUGCCCAGACGGAGAGUCAGUGUAGCUGUAGUUCCCAAGUUUAAUCUACUGAACAUCCCUGGGCAGACGCCAGCCACCGCUGGCCCUACACCGGGUGCACUUCCUGCGUUGUGUGAGGCAAACACCAUUAAGAAUGGCAGUUCAUCAGACCCUACACAACAAGAUGUGCCUGACAAACCCAGUGGAAACCCUCUGACAGAGCAGGAAAGUGAAGCAACGCCAACCAAAGUUGUCUGCAGUCCAGAGAAGAUUACAGAUGAGAUCAAAGCCAAGAUUGAAGAAGCGUAUAAUAAAGGAUACCAAGAAGGACUUAAGAAAUCUAAAGAAAUCCAGGAGCUGAAGGAGGAGCAAGAGAAAGCAGAAGAGAAGCAGGAAUCUGAAGAGGAAACUAGAGGAAAUACUGAUAAAGACAGGAAGUCGAACAGCAGGUUUGAGGAGGCACUAGAGGUCGUUGACCGGAUAUGCCCAAAAUUCUUCCGACGAAACCGGGCGCUUUGGAUCGUCCUCACGCUGUUCUUCGCUUCGUUUAUAUUCGUCAACAUCAUAAACUUCUUGAGUAGCUGCUACAGUGAGAGCGGAGACAUGUCUGCAGAGAAGUCCGCCGUUCCAGGCAAGAAGAAGUUUUUUGGACUGAACGUAGGGUCGAAGACUCCCGCCCCAGAAUGACAUGAUUCUCUAAACACGGCUCAUGUUGUUUCUGCCAGUCUUUCACACUGCAUUUAGUAAAUAGCAGAACUACCUGUUAUUGUUUAGGGACCAAGUGUGCUUAGAUGAGAUUUGCAUUGUAAACUAAAUCCAUAAGUUAUAUUACUUGAGGUUGGGAAAGUUAUCGCAGAGAAACGUUUUAUGCGACUAAUGUCACAUUUGCUAUAUGAUUAUACCACUCAAACCUUAUGAUUAAACUUCUCAGGUUUUGUGAAAUAUAUAUUUGAAACAUUAACUACGAUAUUUAAUACAGAAUUUGGUACAGUAUGUUUUAAAUUCUUUGCAUUUGUCUCUGUUGUUUAUUUGAAUUGACAUUCCAAGGUAGAUCCUGAAGUGCAAUAUUUGGCAGCGUGUAGAUGACGGUUGUGUGGGGUUGUGCCUUCAGAGCACUGACUUUACUAGUACAGAAUUUUUCACAAUUUUGAAGAGCACUUUUAACUAGCAUGAAAGAAUUCAUAUUUGCACAUGUGUGCUUGUGUUUACUGUUGUGCCACUUCACCUUGAAUAAAGGUGUUUGAAAAUCA